CCGAGGCGCCAUGCAGGCCCGCGCGGGGGAGCCGAGGCCGGGCCGGCGCGCCCAGACCGUGACGGUGGACAGCUCCAAGGCGCGGACGUCGCUCGGGGCGCUGCAGAGGAGCCUCCGGCAGCUGCGCUGGAAGGAGUUUCCCUUCGGCCGACGCUUGCCUUGUGACAUCUACUGGCAUGGAGUUUCUUUUCACGACAGUGACAUCCUCUCUGGCCAAGUGAACAAGUUCCCAGGCAUGACGGAGAUGGUGCGCAAGAUCACCCUGAGCAGAGCCGUGAGGAUCAUGCAGAGCCUGUUUCCUGAGGAAUAUAACUUCUACCCUCGCUCCUGGAUUCUGCCUGACGAGCUACAGCUCUUCAUCACUCAGGUCCGCACAGUGAAGGAUGACGACCCCUCCUGGAAGCCCACUUUCAUUGUGAAGCCGGACGGAGGGUGCCAGGGCGACGGCAUCUACCUCAUUCGGGACCCCAGCGAUAUCCGCCUGGCGGGGACCCUGCAGAGCCGGCCGGCCGUGGUGCAGGAAUACAUCUGCAAGCCGCUGCUCAUCGACAAGCUCAAGUUCGACAUCCGCCUGUAUGUCCUGCUCAAGUCCCUGGAGCCCCUGGAGAUCUACAUCGCCAAGGACGGGCUCUCCCGCUUCUGCACGGAGCCCUACCAGGAGCCCAGCGCCCAGAACCUGCACCACAUCUUCAUGCACCUCACCAACUACUCCCUCAACAUCCACAGCGGCCACUUCGUGCACUCGGACAGCGCCAGCACGGGCAGCAAGCGCACCUUCUCCAGUGUCCUCGGCCGCCUGUCCUCCAAGGGCGUGGACAUCAAGAAGGUGUGGUCGGACAUCAUCUCCCUGGUGAUCAAGACGGUCCUCGCCCUGACGCCAGAGCUCAAGGUCUUCUACCAGUCAGAUAUCCCUGCUGGGAGGCCUGGGCCCACGUGCUUUCAGAUUUUGGGAUUUGACAUCCUCCUCAUGAAGAACUUGAAGCCCAUCCUGCUGGAAGUGAAUGCAAACCCCAGCAUGAGAAUUGAACAUGAGCAGGAGCUUUCCCCAGGCGUCUUUGAAAUUGUGCCCAGCCUCGUGGACGAGGAGGUGAAGGUGGCCGUGAUCAGAGACACGCUGCGCCUCAUGGACCCGCUGAAGCACAGAAGGGAGAGCCUGUCGAAGCAGUCCGAGCAGUCGAAGCAGCUCUCCACAGCAGGGGAAGACCACGGUGACAGUGAGCUGGCCAGCGCUCCCAACGGGCCCUCCAACUUCGAGUCCCAGCUACCCACCAUCUGCCUCAAGCAAGUGUUCCCCAAAUACGCCAAACAGUUCAACUACCUGCGCCUGGUGGACCGGAUGGCCAACCUCUUCAUCCGCUUCCUGGGAAUCAAGGGAACCAUGAAGUUGGGACCAACAGGCUUCCGUACCUUCAUCAGGAACUGUAAGCUGAGCAGCAGCAGCUUUUCUAUGGCCGCGGUGGACAUCCUCUACAUAGACAUCACCCGGAGAUGGAACGCCAUGACGCUGGACCAGCGGGACUCAGGGAUGUGCCUGCAGGCAUUCACAGAGGCCUUCUUCUACCUGGCGCAGAAGAAGUUCAAGAUGCCGCCGCUGCAUGCGCAGGUGGCCUCGCUGGUGGACCUGUGCGAGUACCACCUGGCCCUGCUGGAUGAGAAGCGGCUGAUGCGCGGCCGCAGCGGCACAGCGACAACCACGGGACGGCGCCCUGGCAGCAACACGCCCAGCAGCACCCAGCCCGAGGUGGACGCCAAGCUGGGCCCCUGCACAGGUGGCGCCCACAAACUCACCACCCCCAGGCACACGGUGCCCUGAGCUGCCGCUUUUCUUUGCGGAAAGGGCAAGACGGGGGUCCCCCUGUUUGGGGCCUUUCUGAGAGAAGGGAGGCGGCUGCUCCCUGGCCACCUGCCUCGCUACUGUCCUUCCAGUGUCUCUGCAGGGUGGUUGGGGUCCUGCCGGCUACUGUCCCGGGGACCAACGCCAGCAGCUACGGUGGCAGCUCGCACUGGUGAACAUACUAGACACCGAAGCUUCGCCAGACCACAGUGGGCGGAUGGACGGGUCACGGGCAGUGCGGUGCCAGGCCGGCCAGUUGGGACGCCCGAGAGAAUCGCAGGCCGAGCUGGCCGCCAGAAAGGCACGGAUGAGGGACCCUGUGGGUUGGUGGCAUCGACUACUGCCCCUCACGUCAUGGACUCCGUGGGUGCAGCUACCAGUUGUCUCAUGUAUGUGUUCCAUGCCCUGUGCUGCUGCCAUGUUUCUCUUUUUAUGCAUUAAGAGGUCAUGAACCAAGAGGGCCCGAAGGCAGGGCUCCAA